UGAGAGCCCUCACAGAGCCUAAUAGGUGGUCACAAGGACCUCCUUUCCUUCUCCAAGACCCAGACGCUUGGCCGCAGAGACCCAAUACAGAGACACAGGAAGACACUACCGAGCUUCGGAAAACUGCUUUCUGUGGCUUGGCAGUUACGUCAUCUACCGACCAAAGUGAUCCUGUUUACAAGACCUGGCAGGAGUGCAUAGAGGCUAAAGUCCUGGACCUCCAUGCAUCAAGCUCUUCAGAUUUCCCCCCGAGCGCCGAAGAGUAUCGUCAGGCAGAGAACUUCAUCCUACAGCAGGCACAACGUGAGUCUUUCCCAGAGGACUUCAAGCUGUUAACAGCUGGGAAGUCAGUUUCCUCUAGCAGCCGCUUACUCACCCUCUCCCCUGAGCUGGACAAGUCAUCAGGCUUAAUCACAGUAGGUGGUCGGCUGCGUCACUUAGAGGGGUUUGGUGACUUAACUCUGCACCCGGUUGUCCUGGACCCAACCCAUUCAGUCACCCUGCUGCUGAUCAAGAAGUACGACCAAGACCUCCAACAUCCAGGUCCAGAGAGGGUCUUCGCUGAGUUGCGGAGGUCUUUCUGGAUAUUACGCGGCCGGGAGGCCAUCCGCAAAUACCAGCACACCUGUGUGGAAUGCCGGCGCUGGAGGGCCCGACCAGCCAUCCCCAAAAUGGCAGAUCUGCCAGCUGCCCCUCUGAGACCUUUCAAGCCAGCCUUCUAUACCACCGGCGUCGACUGUUUUGGCCCGAUGCUGGUGAAAGUGGCCAGACUCCAAGAAAAGCACUGGGGAAUAAUCUUCAAGUGCCUGACGACCAGAGUAGUGCACCUGGAUCUCCUGAGGAGCAUGGACGCAGACACCUUCCUUAUGGCCCUAAGGAGAUUCAUCGCCAAACGUGGAACACCAGCAGAGAUACACA